AUGCCAGCAAAUGCUACCAGUCCGGUCCCACAACCGGAUCCCCGCGAGUCUGAAGAUUGCUUAUUUUUGGAUGUUUUUGUUCCCGAGGAUGUGCUUAGCAAAGCUGGGCAAGGCUACGGGGCUCCUGUUCUCGUAUGGAUCUACGGAGGUGGCUACACAGGAGGCGAGAAAAACAACAACCCUGCGGGUCUGCUCGCGGCCUCCGGCAACUCGUCCAAUGGCGAUGUUAUCUACGUUGCGAUGAAUUAUCGCCUUGGUGCUUUGGGCUGGACGGGUGGCCCUUCAUACCAAGCAGAAGGAGGUGUAUCCAACCUAGGCUUGUACGAUCAGCGAUUUGCGCUUGAGUGGGUCCAGGAGAAUAUUCAUCUCUUUGGAGGUGAUAAGAACCGAGUCACUGUAUUUGGUGAGAGCGCUGGAGGUGGCUCGAUCAUGCAUCAGAUUACUGCAUACGGUGGUGCUAAUGGAUCUGCUCCUUUUCAGCAAGCCGUACCCCAGAGCCCUGGAUGGCAACCUACAACUUCUGUUGUCACUCAGGAAGAUGUCUACCAGAGGUUCCUCACUCUUACCAAUACCACUUCCCUCGCAGAGUUGCGGGCUCUUUCAUCUGAAGAGGUAAUGCUUGCGAAUGCUCAGCAGAUCACCUAUGAUUCCCCAUACGGUACAUUCACUUACGGGCCGGUCGUGGAUGGUCUUUUCGCUCCUCUUCAGCCAGCUCAGCUUUUGGCACAAGGUCGAUUUGACAAGGACGUGCGCGUAAUGGUCGGCCACAAUGCGAAUGAAGGAGCCCUCUUCACGCCCUUCUUCAUUCCAAACGAGGCUGCAUUGGAAGACCAAAUCUCGUCCGCAUUCGCCAACGCCCCAAAGUCUUCCCUCGAUUAUGUUACCAAGACUCUCUACCCCCCGGUGUUCGACGGGUCUCUACCAUACACCAACAACUUCGAGCGCGGUAGCCUCAUUGUCAGCGAGGGAGUCUUCACGUGCAACACCAACUACCUCUCCAGGGCUUACGGAAACAAGACAUACUCCUAUCUCUUCGCAGUUCCCCCGGCUAUUCAUGGUCAGGAUAUCCCGUACACGUACUUUGAGGGCGGUGCAGGUUCCACCGGGCUCCAAGGUGUUGCCAACACCACCAUUGCCAUCGCUCUGCAGGAGUUCAUCACCAGCUUCGCUGAGAAUGGUGUGCCGGAUGCUACAGGCGUGAAGCAGUUCAACAUGUACGGUCCGGAUGCGACCGUAUUGGAGCUUAACGUUACCGGCAUCGAGGAUGUACGCGACAGCAACGCGAACGCUAGGUGUGCAUGGUGGCAGAAGGCGCUGUACUAA